AUGGCGGAGCCGAGGCCGGAAGAGGCGGCGGAUGAUGCCCAACUUGCAGAGUUGGAAGGAAUUGAAGAAUCAGAGGAAUCCUGUGCCCCACAGACAGAACAACUUGAGUCUACCUCAGCUUAUGACCCUUCCAGCAAUCCAGAGCGCCUCUGUCCUGGAGACUCCCUGGUCCCGGUGGUGUUUCCAGGACCUGUGAACUCAGAAGGCUGCUGCCGAUUUGCUUGUGAACUCCUAAAGCAUAUCAUGUACCAGAGGCAGCAGCUACCACUUCCCUAUGACCAGCUCACUGUCUUCUACUCUAAGCCCUCUCCCCAGGCAGAGGACAUGGUGAGGAAGAAGGCCGAGAGAAGCUAUAGGAAAUUCCAGCAGGCGCUGCUAGAACUGGAGGGCAUUCUGAGCCACCUGGAGAGCCUCUUUGCCAGGACGCUAGUGCCACGGGUGCUGAUCCUUCUUGGGGGCAGUGCAUUGUGCCCCAAGGAGUUCUAUGAGCUGGACCUGGCCCGGCUGGCCCUGGGCAGGAUGGGGCAGAGCCUUAGCACAUCUGCUUGCCUGCGCCGUCUCUUCCGUGCCCUCUUCAUGGCUGAUGCCUUCAGUGAAUUGAAGGCUGCCCCGGCCAUGGGCACCAUUGUCAUGGCCCAGGGACAUCGUGAGUGUGGUGAAGACUGGUUCCGCCCCAAACUCAACUAUCAGGUUCCCAAACGGGGCCACAAGUUGACUGUGACUUUGUCUUGUGGGGGUCCCCCCAUCCCAGAUUCUGCCUGGGAUGAUUAUAUCUGGUUCCAGGCUCCAGUGACACUCAAAGGCUUCCGUGAAUGA